UGUGCGGUGUGUUGCUCUCAUGAGAGAACCUCUCACGGACGAUACUCCCGAUCGAGUGCCUCGCUUUCGGUCGGCUCGGAGCUUCGCUUUCCCGCACCGGUCUCGAGGAAUCUCGGCGCAGAGCUCGAGACUGUGAGCGGCGGCGUAAACAAGCUCUUCCAAAAAUGGAUACGACUCCCUGAGGCGGAAGUGUAUGCUGACGGCUUUCGACUCUUGUUGACGUUCGUCGGAGAAACAUGACUUCGAGAAACCGCGGAAACUGAAACGGACUCCCGGAUCGAAGUGCCCAACAGUCGAGAUGACCCGCUGGGCGAGAGUUCAGUCGACACAUCGUACGCAGAAGAAACCCGAGGACGCCACGCCUUGGGAGGAAUUCCAGAAACAGCGGAAUCAGCUGAAACAACCUUCGACGUCGGAUGGCGACUCCGGUACAAAGGCAGGCACCGCAGCCAGCACCCAGAAAGGAAUACAUCGAGAGCCUGACAAAAAAAGGCGAAUCACUGAUGAAGAGCGGAAGCGCUUAAAAAAAGAGAAAAUCAUCAAGAAAAUGCGCGAAGAGCGCGAAAAAAAGGGUUUGGUUCUACUUCCUGAGAAAAUUGAGAAGAAAAUAUACCGCAUGAAGAAGGCUAUGCGAGCGAAAGGCAAAACCCCGCAAGAGAUCAAAGACGAAAUACGACAGUUCCGACGGAAAGAGGAGCUCACGUAUCGGAAGCAAUGUGCCAAGGCCUGUCUACAUUGUCGCGAGCCCGGUCAUAAGGUAGCAGACUGCCCGAAAGCCCCAAAGUGUGGUAUCUGCUACAAGUGCGGUGCAUCGGAUCACACCUCGUCAAGCUGCUUGAAAGCUCCCGGGGAAGGAUACAAGUUUGCCGCUUGUUUUGUGUGCGGAGAACAGGGUCAUAUAUCACGAGAAUGUCCGAAGAACGACAAAGGAGCCUAUCCCAAGGGCGGUGGCUGCAGAUUUUGUGGAUCGAACAAGCAUAAGAGACAAGAGUGUCCCGAGCGGAAGGCCAAGCUCCAAAACGGGGAAGAAGAGAUCGUCGCCGAGGUAGUGACUGAUGUGAAACUGAACGUGGACAGAGAGCCCCGGGAAAUCCAGGUUCCUUCGACAUCGAGCCCUACGAAGCCUAAACUCAUUCGCUUCUAGUGCUCUGGUUGAUUUAUUUCUCUAGUUGUUGAGUCUGUUGUGAUAUGUUUAGAAUAAAGCUCGGACAAGCCCUUCGACCCGAGCUGGUUCCACAAGAGAAA